GCACGUCACACGGAAGUGCAAGCACACAUAUACAUGAUGUGAAACUUAGCAAGAUUCUUGAUUUUCUUGUUUCAACCGGGUCCAGUCGCUGCGAAUACAUUUUGGCACACGUUUGUGGCAGAAUCAACCCCGGCUCUCUUCGCUUUACGGAAUCGUCGGCGUUGCUGCCCAGACAAAUCCACGGGACAGCUGUGAUGAAGCACGGAUGCCGCACAGAAGAAAACGUCUCGCUUUUCUGCACCUGAAAUCCGAUCAUGAAUUCUCCCGAAGACCGCGAGUGCCCGGAAUACAAUCGAGAGUGUGUGGACCACGAGCCCUCUUCAUCUGUCCGCAUCGAUGGCAACGACGAUGAGACAGCAGCCUUGCUGUCAUCUGGGAUUUCUCCAGUCUCCAUAAGGACCUGCCACGUGUCAAAGGAGCGGCGAACCUUCUGCCUCUUUACCUUUUUCAAUUGCAUUUUCAUCGUCAUGCUGUGGUUGAUUAUGGUCAGCAUUAAAAGUUCCCAGAUAGGUUUCAGUUAUCCAGAAGUUGUACUCGAAGAGAUGUUACAGACUGAUGUGAGCAAAACAUCGUUUGACAUAAUUUGGCUGGCAAUUUUCCGGGCCUCAAUGCUGCUGCUGGCGUAUGCGACGUGCAAAUGUAAAUCCAGGUUUCCUGUCGCGUCUACAACAUGUAUUACAAGUGGAUAUGCCGUUUUCAAGAUAUUGUAUACGGAUUAUUCAGGUGAAAACAGUUAUAAGUCUGUUGCAAUUAUGAUGCCCAUUACAACCUUCGUGGUUGCCUGGAUUGAGGCAUUGUUUAUGGACUACCGUGUACUACCUAAGGAGCAGCGAGCCACAAAAACAGUCCAGAAUCAACACAAUCCCCAUGUCAGACAAUACCAGUUUUCAAGAGGAGAACAAGAAGAUGACUUCCACUCACUCUCAGAAUUUGUGGACGGUAUUGAUGAAGGCGAUUACGAUGUAGAUUUGGAUCUUGAAGACAUCAAUCACCUGUCCAGUGAGGAAUACCAGUACGUACAGCAGGGGAUAGACGCUAUGCAGAAUGUGAUAUCUAUGUUGGGUAUGGAAACUGUCUGGAAUAAAGAAAAAAGCAGGGAUGAUGGAGAUGUGUAUACUUUAAAUGGACCAAAUAACAUGAAGAUAUUUAUACUCAAGAUGUCCUUGCCGUGCCCUCCCGAAGUGGUUUACAAGGAGGUGAUACUACAGCCUGAAAGAAUGCCCAGCUGGAACCGUGCAGUCAUCGACUGCCAGGUGUUGAUGAGGAUAAGUGACCACACACUUGUUACAUAUGAUGUCUCAGCAGGAGCAGCUAAUGGCUAUGUCAAACCAAGGGACUUUGUGAAUGUGAGAAGGAUUGAGAAGCAAGGCCAGCGAUACAUCUCAGCUGGGAUGUCCACAUUGCAUGAAAACAAACCUCCGUCCUCCGAUUUUGUUCGGGGUAACAAUGACUCUGGAGGCUUCAUUGUGCAGAAGAAUUCUGAGCAACACAAUGGCUGUUCAUUUAUAUGGAUCCUUAAUACAGACAUAAAGGGCAACAUUCCCCGUUAUUUGGUGAACAAGAGCCUUGCCGAAAUAAUGUUUGCGUUUGCAUCAAGCCUGCGGCAACACCUCAAAGACACGCACACGCAGCAUAGAUCCUCAUCAAGUGAAGUGCCUCGCCACUCUCGGCCGUGAAUUUGAAUUGUGCACAGCCUUUUCUCGGGACAGCUAUGCUCAACUUGUUUUCUUGCUGGUCUUAAGGACGCAGGCUUCUGAAGAUGUCGGCUCUGUUGUGCCAGCAGAGAGUACAAUUAUAUACCCAUAAAGUACUUUUUUAAAUGCAUAACUGAUGUAUUGGCUAGUUUAUUUUGUGAAAAAUUUAGAAAGGGAAAUAACAUGGGUUUGAAUAGUUGAAACUAUUAUGAUAAAGGAAUGCUUUUAGAAUUUAUUUGUGAAUUCUACAUCGUGACAUAUGCACGUUUGCUUUUAUAUAGCGCCGCGCUCGUUGUACUUGAGGUUUUAUGUCCAACGGAAGAAUUACACAUGGCCGUAUGACACAGUAAAUAAAAUAAUACAUUCAUCAUCUCAUUAAUGCCAGUUAUGCUCGUGAAGAUUCCUUCAAAUUAAUAUAAGUUACGAAGUUUGUACAAUGUAUUUUGAAAACGCCAUUCUUCGAUAUUGAGUAUGCAUUACUGUAGAGUACUCUCUCUGUAUUGCAUCGUAUAGAACGGAAAAUGUAUCAUUUACAAAAGAGUAUUAAUUUCAUAGCGAUGGAUUUGUUGAAAUUAUAAAAGCACUAUUACAUUAUAUUCUUGGUUCUUUCGGUAAAGUCACGUAUAAGGAAAACAAUAAAAUAAUAAAAAUAUAAAACAAAAGAACCAAGAAUAUGAAUCCCUGCAGUCACGAAAGCUUUAAAUCAUUAUUACAUUGUUUUGUUGAUUUGCACUAAUUCAUGAGCACAUGACAGAUAUAAGGCACAAAAACUUACAAGUAUGCAAAGCAUGAAAAAAUGCAUGCUUGGAAUUGAACUGAUUGAAAGAACAAAUGAAACGGGGAACAGAUACACAUUAUGGACAUUUGACUGUGAACAAAAGUCAGUGAGAUUGGACAAGACACGCCGCCACGUAUUUUUGCAUGUAUGUUGAACUUCUUUCACACCGUACGCAGCCAAUCGUGCUGAUAGGAGGUACGGGGGAAGGACAACAAGGGAUGGGUUGUAAAUGGUCGAAACUGACAGUCGAAUGGCAGCGAAAAGAGGGGGCACAUUUGAGAUGACAAAUGCUGAUAUUGAGUAUUAAUAUCAGAUCACGUGCAGGAUUAUUUCAUCACGAAAUCGUGAGGGAUGGUGCCUUGAGGAAGCCUUCAUCCAGCAGUAAACAGAUCAUGGCUAAUUAUAUUACACAUUAGUUGUAACUUUUGCGUUGAACUUGAAUUAUGGUGCAUAAUUAUGGAUAUUUUUUUAAAAUAUCCUUCCAUAUACCUGAAAAAAAUCUAUUUUCACAACAUAAACUCUCCUACACAUAACCCAUGAGUUCUAAACUGCAACUGUGUUCAUUCACUCAGGGGACUGAAUUUUCAUGAUCAUUAAGUAGUUUGAAAUGUUAUUUUUUUUAUAAAUACAGAUAAGAUUAAUUAUAUAGUAAACAAACUUCGUACUCUGGAAGCAAUAUUAAUAUAGCACGAAAAUAUGUAUUUAAGUGGCGACAAAUGUUGAAGAUUUUGUAUUCAUACUCUAUUUAUCCAAGGUGGCUGGGUGGCUCAAGGGUCAGAGUACUCGACUGGCACAGGUUUGAUCCUAACUUUGAAUCUGGGUGGUCACCCAAGAUUAAACUUGUUUUCAGUUUAAACACUAGUGGGUUGCACGCUAUCCAGAUCCGAACCCGAGAUCUCAUCUGUGCCAGCUAACAAAACCUGCUCUUUUUUAUUUUUUUACUAAUGUCCACACCAAAUGUACAAUAUUUAUAUUCUUGGUUCUUUCGGUAAAGUCACGUAGAUAGAAAAAAAGAAAAAUAACAAAAAAUAAUAAAUUGAAAAUA